AUGCUGAGGAACCGCAUCAGCCUGGAGAGGACGUACGCCCACGAGCUGAGCAAGAUGGCGCGGUACUCGCGUCUGGACGAGCUGGAGCACGGCACGAUGAAGAACGCUCUGUCGAGCUUGAGGGCGCAGUACCUCAACACGAGCGUGCAGCACCAGCAGUUCGCCAAGAACCUCGAGGAAGACGUGCUGAGGCCGAUCGAGAUCUUGUACGAGGUCAACAGCGAGCGAGAGCAGAGUCUGGCGCGGCGAAUCAACAACGUCAAGAAGGACGUCAAGGUCCAAGAAGAUGCGUACAGGAAGGACUACAGCGCCUUUGACAAGAACUUCCGCGAUGCUUCUGCUUCAUUCUCCGCUGCGAUGGACUCGGGGUUCUCCAGUACGUUGCUUGAAGACCAGUACCACCAGCGUCUUGCGCAGAUGGACGUUGGCGACAGUCCAGCGAAGGCGAAGAAGGCAGGGUCGACCGCUCUAACGAUCCGCCACGACAAAUCGACUGGCGCUGGUGCGCUGAAAUCGAUCAACAACAAUAAGCUCGUGAACUGGCUGCGGUCGUCCGAGAGCCACCGGAAGGAGGACCUGGCUGGCAACACCGUGAAGCUGAUGGAGGCUGCUGAGAAGUCGAGGAGGAAGUGCCUGGAAUCGUGGCAAGGCGUCGAAGUGAACCGAAUCAGGAUGUAUCGCGCUGUUCAAGCGGUGCUUGCGGAUUACCAGCAAAUUGCAGAGGACCGCAUCGCCACCAUCGCCACGAACCUCCGCAAGCACGUCGUGUUUGCCUCGUCGACCCUGGCAAACGAGCAGUACGACUGGCAGGUCAUCGCGCCAAAGUUCGAGAACGUCGACGUCAAGAGCGACAUCCACGACUUCAUCCGCUCCACGCGUGGGAGCCGAGGUCGGUUCCACUUGGCGGACUUGACUGUGAACGAUUUGUGUAACGACACCACCCAGUCGUUGGUGACGUCGCCAUCCUCGAAGCCGUGUCGGCCGCUGCGGAAGACUCGCCUCGAGAUCCGCGAUAUCUCGUCCAAAAAGGUCCCGUUCGACUACGAUGGCAACCAGGAGCCUCUG